AUGGACGUUGAAGCCUCUCUUGAACAGAGCAGCCCUAGCUUGCCACAAGAUCUCAUCAUUGAAUCCUUCCUUUUAUUUUUUGGGUUUUCUACUGAUGCAUUUGACUUGGAUAUUCCUACGAAAACUCCCGAUGAUCGUUUUGAUAUUGUGGGUUCUGUCAAUGGGUUGAUUUGUCUUUCCAUUGGGUUUAAAUGCUUGGUUCUGUGGAAUCCAUCAACUAGAAAAUUUAAGCAUAUGCCUGAUAUUAUGAAUAUGCCUGCAUUGGAUUUUGAGUGUCAGUACAUAUAUGGUUUUGGAUAUGAUGAGGUUAAUGAUGAUUAUAAGGUAGUGGCUGUUUUCUCUGAACUGACUUGUGCAUGUGUCAGUAUAUAUAGUUUAAAGAAUGAUUCUUGGAGAAGACUUGAUGAUAUUCAAGGGCAGCUGGCAUAUAAUCAUUGGCCUAAAUUGGAGAGUAGGAAGCUUCACUGGGUCAAUCUGGGUGAAGGUAGGAUCAUCAUGUCUAUUGAUUUGAUUGAUGAGAAAUAUGGAAAGGUGGAGCAGCCCCGCUAUGAAGAAGGGCGGAAAUUUUUUACGCUUGGAGUGUUGGAAAUGAUUUUUCUGUUCUCUGUAAUGAUUAUGUAA